AUGGUUGACACGCCAAAACAGGAACCUAAGACCCCUAAACCGUUAGCUUCAAUCCAGAAGUCGAGAUUGCUCUCUGAAGGUGAUGGCAUAGACCGGUCGGGUACUCCUCUUAGAACGAGAGUUGCUUCUCCAUGCACUUUGAAUCCUCCGAUUGACAGUGAUGGACUUUCAUGGCCAUCUUUAGGUGCAAGACAAAGGAUAGAGCAGACCGAAGAGGAGUCCAAAUCAAGGGAGCUCCGUAUAGCUGGUGCCGUUCGUACGAUUUUGACGGAAUUGGGUGAAGAUCCAGAUCGUGAAGGAUUGUUGGAAACUCCCGAAAGAUAUGCUCGAGCCAUGUUGUUUUUCACCAAAGGAUAUGAGGAUAACAUUCGAGAUGUGAUCAAAAGAGCUGUGUUUGAAGAGGAUCAUGACGAAAUGGUUAUUGUUCGUGAUAUUGAGCUCUACUCAUUGUGUGAGCAUCACUUGGUUCCAUUUUUCGGUAAGGCUCAUAUAGGGUAUAUUCCCAACAAAAGAGUGCUUGGAUUGUCGAAGCUUGCCCGGUUGGCAGAAAUGUACUGCCGGCGUCUUCAGGUCCAAGAAAGACUCACAAAACAAAUUGCAAUGGCACUCAAUGAGAUGUUGCAACCGCGCGGAGUUGCAGUGGUAAUCGAAGCAACUCACAUGUGUAUGGUGAGUAGAGGAGUGCAGAAAACUGGGUCUUCCACCACCACCAGUUGCAUGCUUGGCUGUUUCCGUAAUCAGCAGAAAACGAGAGAGGAAUUUUUGACCUUGCUAGGCAGAAAGUAG